GUUUUGAUUGGCGUGUCGUUAAGAGCAAAGGUGUAACAGCGCGCACAGUUGAAGAAAACCUAACGUGUUGUGUGCGUGUGUUUUUUUGUCUUAGUCCUUAGCCUUACGCUCGUACAAACGGACGUUGGAAGACGAAGGAAGAAGCAACAUUAUUGGGAAAACCCAGAAAAAACUCGGACAAAUAGGUAGUGCCUUGUUGAUCUUCUCCUGAGGACUUUAUAUAUACGAACAACGAACGAAGUGGUGGGAGAAUGAGUGCAUUGGACCAAUCCACUGAUACUGAUUUGACAGCGCCAGGGUUGUCAUCCAUAUACGAGAAUGGCAACGACGAGAGCUACACCGACUUGUACGAGGAGCUCUCCGCCAACCUGGGUAAACACAACGAUGAGCCGGAGCUGAUCCACAGGAAGAAGACAUCCUGCUUGUACCGUGUUUUACAUAUAGCCUUCAGCUUAACAGUGCUUGGAUCAUUAGGUCUCUUGUAUAACCAAGUUGGCCAACAUAUCCAUGACAACCACAUUCUGGUACCGCAGUUGGCCUCAAAGCCUUUGAACAUUGGCUAUAACAUCAUCAACAGCAUUCUUGGUGGCAGGGCAUCGACACCGCUGCUCUACGCCAUCGAAGGUGUAUUCUUUGGAGUGUUGUUGCCUGUGUUUGACAAGUACGUCUUCAAGUCAUCGUCGAAGAGUAACGGUGUCCUUGACAGCUCCAACAUCAUCCCAUCCGCUGUCGCGUUCCUAGGUGUUGUGUUUGCAGUGAGAAAAAUCGAAUGGACUUCUUCAAUUCAAGCUGCGGUGGCAUGGUCAAUGUUGAGUCCGUGCCUUUGGUUCUUGUUGGAUGGUACAACCGCUGGUAUCGUUACAGGUACGCUGAUUGGAUCCUUGGCUUCAAUUUCAGUGGCUGUCGUGGAGGGACUCCCAGUGGCCUUUUACAAGGACCUGGAAUUCAUCGCCACUAUGCUGUGGUUAGGAAACUUCUACUUCUUUGGUGUCAUCAUCUUUGGUAAGGUUGGAAGAUACCUCUUCAAUGAACAGUGGAUUUUGUAAUCAUGAUACCUACAUAACUGGACAAGAUCAUUUAAUUCAUUUAAUCAGGUCAUUUAACAUAUAUAGAAAAAGAG